AUGAACUUAUAUAAUAAUAAUAAAACAAAAUUAAAAAAGAAUUUAUCUGUUUAUUCAAAGGUGGCUCGAAAACGAAAGGAUAAUAAAAAAUGGCGUGCUAGACCAUCACGCAAAAAAUCACAUAGAAAAAAGAAAUCCACUCAGAAACCAUGUCAAAUUCGUAAAAACAAUUCUAAAGCAUCUCGCUCAACGAAACCAUCUCAACAAAGAAGAAGAAAAAUCGAUAAAAAAAAUGACAGUUCUGCUCCAUUAAUAAGUCUUGAAACACAAUCAACUGAAGAAGUAUUUGAUACACGAAUCAUACACACCUUUCUAAGUGAAAGAUAUUUAUCCGAAGUUCGACAAGUAUGGCUUUCUUGUCAAUGUUGUAUAUGUGAACAUCCAGAAUGUAAUAUGCAACCAGCAAAAAAAGAACAUGAAAAAUAUCAUGAUUGUGUUGUCAAUGAUAUGAUCUGUCUAUUUUGCUACGAUUUUAUUCCAAAAGAUGAUAGACCGUUUUGUCCACAUUCUCACACUCGAAAUAUGAUGUCAAUUCCUAUUUCACCUACAUGUUUAAAACUUGGUUUUCUUGAACAACGAGCAGUGGCACUUAUGCAUUGUUAUAUGAGUAUACUUAUUAUUCGUGGUCAUCAAUCAGCAAUGAAAGGCCAAGUGGUACACUGUCAAGCUGAUAUUACUGAUAAUAUAGGUAACCUCUUACCAUUACCAAAAUGUUAUGAAUUUAUGGCUGUUAUUCAACAAAAACCAUCCAGUGAUAAUAAUGAAAUAAGAUCCACAGUACGAUAUCCAGUUAGUGCUAUUCAAAUUCUUAAAGCACUACAAUUUCUAAUUCAAAAUCAUUCUGGAUAUUUAAAUAAACAAGUUCUACCUUUAAGAAAAAUAGAAGAGAUGUUUGAAUGUAGACAUGAAAAUGUUGCUCCUAUAAGAAUUAUUGAUUCGUAUGCUUAUAAUAAUUGUACAACGUCUGCACCAAUUGUUCUUGAUGCUAAUGAAGACUUUUUUGGUCCUAGUCGUACACUAAAAGCAGGUGAAGAUCCUGUGUGGAAAAUUGAAUCUGGAAUGGAAGAAUGUACAUUUCCAUGGAUUUAUCCUACAGGUGAAGGAGG